CUGACUGGAUUCCCGCGGCGAUACCCACCUCUCCAGCAAUAUCUCGCGAUCCCAACAACAACGAAACCGUGAAGUCGGCGCCCCACGACGUGAUCUACGCGCCCCCCGGUCGAGAUGUGCGCCCUCCCGAACUCGCCGCCGGCGUUGACCAUCGACGUGCUCUUCGGGGACCGCUACGUACCGGUGAUGAUCACGUCGUCGCCGACCACGCCGUUCGCCUUCUCGCCGGCAACGGCCACGUACACGCCGCCAAUGACGCCGCAGGUCUCCACGGCCUUGCCGGCGAUGAUGAUGGCGGACAAGCAGUACUGGACGACGCACCCGACGGUGAUGUCGCUGCCGAUGGCGAAGUCGACCGCCCGGGCGGCCGGUAACGUGGUGGUGCGGCCGGUGUGGGCGCACAACCUGCGGGAGGAAGUCGAGCUGAUCGAGUCGCUCCUGCGCCGCUACCGGUACGCCGCCGUCGACACGGAGUUCCCGGGGACGGUGUACCGGCCCAAGGUGCCCACGUACGCGCUCACGGCGGAGAAGAAGUACGCCCUGCUCAAGGCCAACGUCGACGAGCUGCACCUGAUCCAGCUCGGCCUCACCCUGUUCGACGCGGCGGGCCGGCUCCCGGACCUCGGCACCGGCGUGCAGUACGUGUGGGAGUUCAACUUCCGGGAGUUCGACGUCCGGCGCCACCGCCACGCGCAGGAGUCGAUCGCGCUGCUCAGGUCCAAGGGCGUGGACUUCGACCGGACGCGCCGGGAUGGCAUCGACGCGGCGGCCUUCGGCCCGCGCCUGCGCAAGCUGCUGCGCGGGGGCCUCGGGGACGCCGGCGUCAUCACCUUCAGCGGCGCCUACGACCUUGCGUACCUCGUAAAGAUGAUGCUGGGCAGCGGGUACAAGCUGCCCGCCACGCCGGCGGAGUUCGAGAGCGUCGUCAAGGCCAUGAUCCGGAAGAGGCUGUACGACGUCAAGGAGAUGGCGCGCCGCUGCCCCAGGGACAUUGACCUCCGCGGCGGGCUGGACCGUGUAGCCGGGAAGCUCGACGUGAGGCGGGCAGUCGGGGAGGCGCACCAGGCCGGCUCCGACAGCCUGCUCACCUGCCAGACCUUCAUCAAGAUACGGGAGCGAUAUUUCGUCGGCGACGACGACCUCACGACCGUCGCCGGCAUCGUGGCAGGGAUCACGGCGUGCUGAAGCACCCUCUCUUUGUAAAUAAAUAGCUAGGAUUCGCUCUUGUUGCUUUGCGAUUAGUAUUCUAUACUAGGGACUAACUUAUGGUGGUCUUUUCUUUAGGAAAUUGA